AUGUCGUCCCGCUCGCCCAGGGCGCGGGCCGCGACGGCCAACCCGAUUGUCGAAAUCGCCGCGGCGAGCCAGUACGACCGGCUGGUCGCCCAGAAGGGCCGCCUGGUGGCGCUGUUCACGUCGUACGCGUGCAAGCCGUGCGGGUUCGUGUACCCCGCGUACUACCAGCUGGCCAGCAAGUACCGCGGCGUGGUGUUUGUCCAGGUCGACGUCGAGCACCACGACAACGAGAAGCUGCGGGCGCGGUACGGGCUCGAGCAGUUCCCCGUCUUCUACUUUUACCGCGGGGGGAGGAAGGUGGACGAGUGCAACCACUGCGGGGGGGAGGACGGGAAGGCGCUGCGGGCGAGGGUGGAGAGGCUGGCGGCGUAG